AUGAAACCUAAACAACUGAAAGAGGAUUCGGACAAGAGUGUAGAUGAGGACACUAUAGAACCGAAGACUCGUGCCCGUAAGAAAGCUUCAGAUACAACAGAAGAAGAGAAGAGUAAACCUAAUCAAGAUGAACAGAAACCUUCCAAAGAACCCAAGAAAGCUGUGGGUAAACCUAAAGCAGUUGUUAAUAAACGACCUCUUGGCAUAAGGAAAACUUUAAGGAGUAAAAAAGUUAUAGCUACUAAGGAGAAACUACGGAAUGUUGUAAAACACCAUGUUAAAAGAGGGAGAAAACCAGCAGUAAAAAGUGAACCUGAUAAUUCUCAAGAAAAAGAAACCGUCCCAUUGAUACCUGCGUCUGAAAUAAAGAAAGAACCUAUUGACGAUACUACACCAAACUCUAGGUCCUCAAGUCCAAAGACUGCUGGCAGAAGGCAAAGAUUUAGCUCUGAUAUGGUCAUGAUGAAAUCUGUCUUAGGAGAUUCACCAAAUACACUGGUACUAGGACCUAGAACUAGUCCAUACUCAAUGCGCUCAGAAAGAAGCAAUAGUCCAUCAAUGUUUGAAGGCAAGAACUUGAGAAGUGGAAAACCUAGAAGUGCAAAGAGUAAACUCCUGAGUGAAGUAGUAAUGAAAGAGCAAAAGAAAAGACGAAGACUGCUCUCAGAUUCAAAGACAUCAGAAGCCCCAGAAGCUAGUGAAGAUUGCAAGAAAUUGAAAAGAGGACGGUCCUGUUCACGAGAUGGCAGUGAAAUCUCUAAAUGCUCAGAUAUCACAGAAUCAGAUAUUAGCCUGAGUGAAACUCUUAAUGACACAGACAGCAAAGAGCUCAACAAAAAAUUAGAUAAACCUAAGACUGACCUAGAUGUAGAUAUUGAAAAUAAUUUACAGAUCUCGACUGUUGGAAAAGUGCCUUCUCUUAAUGUUGACUCCAAAUUGUCUGAAACCAAGAUGGAUACAGAGCCUAGUUCUAUUGUAAAUGAAAAGGAUAAGAAAAAAUUGAGCUUAAAAAGAACUACUUCAUUAGACUCUGACAACAAUAAUAGUAAUAGACUUAAGUUAGAGAAUUUAAAUGUAUCAGAAGUAGAAGAAAAAUUGUUGCCGAAGACUGAAAAUGAUACGCUUUUUGAGGAACGUAGUAGUAUAUUAACCAGUAUGUCAAAGACAUUUAAUUCAAAAGAAGUUUCUAAGAAUAUUAGAAAAGCUAGAAGAGGAAAAAAGGCAGCAGCUGCAGGGAGAUCUAGCAGUACUCAAGUUGCUAAAAAUGGGAUAAGCAGUACAAUAACUAAUGACCCCUCUGAAGACAAACAUGAAACUUUGGACACCCUGUCUAAAGAAAUUAAUGAUCUCAUAAAUGAUCUUGAUCAAAACAUAGACCGGGAUCAAGCAUUGGCAAAUGGCACAAAUCUUACCAUUGACCAAAUGCAAUCUAAACCUGUUGCCAAGUUUUAUGGUUUGUCGAAGCCUCUAGGAGAUAAUAACAGCAUUGUAACUCCGGAAACACCGGUUAAAGAUAAAGAUACAAUAUCAGCAUUAACCAAUGAAAUAACCCCUUCAAAAAUUGAUGACAGUGAGAACAUAAGGCUCCGUUAUGAGGAAGACUCGGUUGAAAAGUCAUCUGAUGGUAGGAAGCAUGAAAUACCAUACAAUUGUCCAACAGUUGCUAGUAUAGAUAAACUUAUGGAUAGGCUUAAGGAAUUUGAAGAAUUUGACAAGCGAAGACAAAGACAAGAAUCUGAAUCAAAGUUAAAUGAUAAUAAGACAGUAAUGGUGACCAAUGAUGUUGUGCUGAUACCAAAAUCUGGAGCAGAUAUCAAACCUCUUAAAGACAUCCAACCUGCAAGAUCUCCAGAGAAACAUAUUGAAAAGGAAAAUGUUCUAAGUUGCUUUGAAAAUAAUUCAGCAAUUUCAAUCGUUAAAAGAGAUCAGGUUAGAAAAUCAAUUGAUGUGGACCUGCCUAAUUCUGUUACUUUGAUUAAAAGGAAUAGUUUCAGCGCACGUAAAGAAUCAACAAACUCAAACCAUUCAAAAGAAUCUGAUGCAAUAAGUGUAUUUGAGAAAUCCCUGGGCAAAGAUGUAACAUUAACUGAAUUAAGGAAAUCGGUAGAUAAGGCAUCACCUCCAGCUCAAAUAGAUUUGCAUCAAUUUGCAACACUACAUCCCACCCCUCCAAGCCAAGCUCUAGUUGGGAUAGUUUUGGAUUCAAGUCAGAUAUCUAUUACUCCUCGGGUAGUUGAACCCAAAGUUAAUAGUAGCGAUAUUCAAAUAACAAAGCGCAAAUCUAGAGAUUCGCUCUCAAGAAAAUCUUCAGAAUCUGGUGUCGACGGUGACGAAAAAAUUGCGACUAUCGAAAAGAUUAAAUCGCCACCACAUCAGAUCAAGUCACAAGUGAUAUCAAUUACGCCCACUCCAGUCGCUGUUAAAUCUCCUGAGGCGGUACAAGCAAUGGAAACAGAAGCACUUGCCCCUCCCUUAGAUAACAUAAAAGCAAUACCUGAAAACAUAUCACAUGCUUCAGAAUCGAUAAAGACUGAUUUGAGUACCGAGCCUGAUAAUGAAUUAGACAAACACGAAACUAACACCGAUGUCCACAAUGAGACUGAAAAAACUGAAGCUGCAACAGUUCCUGAAAACGAAACGUGUGUUCCUGAUAUUCCAGUCAAGGAAGACCUUGUUAAAGUCCAGCAAGAAGUUGUUACAGCUAAUGUAGAACCUGAUAAAGCCAAGGAAGACAUUAUUAAGCCCAUGGACAUCAUAGAGCCAAGUGAACCAAAUAAAACGGUAGAUACGGAAACCGAAGUCCCAGAGCCUAAGAGUCCUAAAGUAAAAUCGGCACGUAAUUCCACAGAAAGUCAACCAGGUCCCAGUAACAUGCUUCAUGAAACUCCUGAAAGUCAGCAGCGCAAGGAAAAUGUCCUCCGAACUCUUGGUUUACUCACUCACAAAGCUGCUAAUGAGGCUAAAAUAGAGAAGUUGAAAGAGAAAGAGCGUAUAUACGGACCCAACUAUUGCGGCCUUAUGGGGAAUAAGGGCAAAGCAAAGUCGGGCGAUUACACUGGAACAUUAAAGACUGUGAUAAAAUUAAGCCGCAAUUCAGGAGAUAGGGAAAAGAAAAAACAGAAGACAUCUUUGAAGAUGACCUUCCAGAAGACCAAGCCCAGAUCGGGGAAGCUGGCGCCGGAGGUUGGUGAGGCAGUCGGCGAGGAUUACUACACCAUUGAGAGGCGCGAGGGCGGCGCGGGCGCUACGUCAGACGGUGGGCACAGAAAGUCACAUUACAGUAAUCGGCUUAACAACCAUGAUGCGGAAGCGGUGCCGGAGCCCGAGCCGUCGAAAGACACUCCAAACUUAGUGAUUCCCGAAAAGGCAUCUUCAUUCAGUAUACAUCCAGGGCGACUUUGCAUGGACCAGUGCUUCUAUUGCGGCGGCAAAUUUGGACUCUUCGACACUCCAUGUCACAUCGCACAAAUGAAGAGCAGUGAACGGCAACGGAAAGUGCUGGACAAUGAGGAGAAACUGACCAUAGACAGUUGUCUAUGCGACGCUUGCUACCGACACGUAGACCGAAGAGCCAACUGUCCCUCAUAUCGCAAAAGGCCACUCGUGAAGCCUCCAGAUACGCCUCAGCAGCCUUCGCCACCUGACAAUGUCAUGGAGAACCCUCGGAGUCCUUCAAUGGAAGAGAUGGACGAGAGCUCAGAAGAGGCGAAUCCAGCCCGCGAAGUUCGCAGAGCUACUUGCCAUACAGCGGGCUGCAGUGCCUUAGCUGAGCACUCCAUACGAAGGAAAUGGCUUAUCAAGAUGAGAUCUAGCGUUAAUAAACUGCUGAAGCUGGAGUGCGACUACCCGGGGCUGCACACGAUCCCGCUGUGCGCUGAGCACCACCGCGCGCUGGCGCCGCUCAUGGCGUGCGUGCUGUGCCGCCGCCGCAUCACCAAGCACCACAACGUGCACUUCAUACACCACGGCUACUUGGAACUGAACCCACUACUGAAGGAUGCUGGUGUGCCAGUGCAGUUCACCGAGCGGCCCGUGCUGUGCAAAAUGUGCAGAAACUAUUGCACGCUGCUACAGCGGCCAGGGCACAAUGAUAAAUAUGCACAGGCUUGUAGACGCAGGUUACUUCAAAUAUACGAAAUAGAGCUACCGCCCGAACUGGAAAGUGAAAUGGAAAACACAUUCAUCCUAGACGACAACAGUAUCAGUGGUGGAAAACAGAAAAAGAAAGCUCGCACAAAAUCUAAACAGCGCAAGUCUGCAGAACCUGAUGCAAAACCCGAUAGUGAAUCUUCUGAAAGAAUGACAGAAAGCUCUCCUGAAAAAGAAAAAGUUAAAGAUAGUAAUGAAUCCAAUAACUCAAAUCCGAUAGAAGAGGACAUAGAAAGUCUGAUAUCAUCAAAUAAAAUACCUGUUCCUAACGCAACGAAGCAGCCAGAAGGAAUGCAAAGUGACGGUUCAGAGUCAGAAACAGUAUUUGAUUUUGACACUCCCUUACUUCCACUGGACAAACGAACGGAAUUACAGUAUCUCCUCCAGAAACAAAACAAUCCCAAGCAAUUCAUACAGAAGCCUCCAAACUUGACACAAAAGCAAAAGAAUAUCCUGAAAGUGCAUAAUGUGGGCAUACAGAAACCGGGACAACAGAACAGAAUAAAUGAUAAAAAUUCAAAGAGAAUUCACAAAAUUGGUCAAAUAUUCACCCACAAAGACAAAACCACCAAAAAGGACAGUGAUGUAGAAAUGUUCGAUUCCGAGAAAUCGAAGGAAAUAACUAUCCUACAGAACAUAUCUCUAAAUGACGAAUGUACUAUAGAAUCAAUACCUAAUAAGAAACCAGCGGAUAUCAACACCCUUAAGAAUAAAUGGCAAAUGUCUGAAAGUUUCACCCAGGUGAAGAAAAACCUUAGUGAACUAUCCAAAAAAUUGUCUGUAGAUAAAGAACCAAAGAAAGUAAAUGAGACAAAAUACUCAAAUCCGGUUAAGAGAUUAGAAACUAAUCCUUCUAUAUCAGUUAGAGAGCUGUUUCCGGGUGAAGAAGAAAUGAAUUUGCAAUGUAACAUAGAAUUUAAUAAUGUCAAAGGAAUUACACCUGAGGGUUGGGAAAAAUGUAAUACGCAGAUUCAGUAUGAUCUGGAAACAAAGAAACUUUGGAAUGAACUUCAAAGGCCUUAUGGAAACCAAUCAAGUUUCCUCCGGCAUCUUAUUCUGCUUGAAAAAUACUUUAGAAGCGGUGAUCUAGUGCUAUCUCAUAACGCGUCACCUAACGCGGCAACUUACAGUGAUUCAGUGCAAAGUAGACUCCGAGCAUAUGACAAUGUAGUGACCGAUGCACCUAGAAAAAGUGAGCCCGCUAUCAGCCUGAUAGAGUUCCGCAAAAAGCCGUCCGUUAACGGCAAGAGUCUUCUCAAAUCAAGUCAAAAUACAGAAGAGAAAGAUCCAAAGAAAUUUAUGCCACCCCCCGGAUCAGUUCCUAAGCCAAACAAACCUAAGACUACAGAAAAGCCUAAGUCUAAACCUCUGCCGCCAGAGCUCAUAGCAAUAAAUACACCUAAUGCUCAAGGUAGGAAAGCGAUACAGAAUGUAUUGCACAAUAUUCAGCAGUUGGUUAAGGGAGUGUCAGCUUCUGACCCCACCGAAGUUGCAGCGGCGCCACUUCCGGCUCCAAAGUUCGAGCCACCAAAAGAGAAGAAAGAGACCUCACCAAAAUCAGAUACACCUAAGAAGACCAAAACUACGAGUAAACCGUGGCGACCUACUUUAAUGCCUAUUACUCCGGAAAACCUAGCGAAAAUCGCUCGGGAACCCACUCAAGUUGCAGUUGAUGGACGAACCUUACCAAGCUUGGUACAAGUGAUGUCUUCGGGCAAACGGUACCAUAUAACUUUACAAGAUUACAAUAAGAUGUGCAUAAUGAGGCGUGAGAAGCUCCAACAGUUGCAUGACGGCGAGUCCAAGGUCAAAAAACCGUCCGAUGAAACAACAGUAGUCACAGAAGUCCAGACGUCGACUAUGCUGGGCAACGGUGGCACAGUUGUCCAAAAUAUCCCAACCGAAAAAGAGUCUGAAAAGAAAGAUGUACCGGAUCUUCAAAUCGGUACAAAUGCAGCAACAAUACUGAAAAAUGUUGGCUUAAAGAACAUAACUAUAGCGCCCAUCCCACCGAAGACAGCGACUGUCACAUCGCAGACCCUUUCACCAGUUGUGUCAUCACCAUCCCUGCUUGUGACUUCAACACCUAUCAAAAUUCCUCAACUAGGACCAGCUGUGUCCAUUACUAGCGAAACCGUGCUAACUCCAAAUAUGCCGAUAAUGGCAGCCAGUCAUAUGGUCAUGCCGAAGAUACCAAAGUCGUUGACAGUGAUCCCACAAACGGUUAUUGCAAGCCAACCGUUGCCGGUUCCUGUUGCGACCGUGGCGCCCUCUCAGGCUGUGGUUUCGACUGAACAAAGGCCAUAA